CGCUGCUCUACCGUUUCCAUACACACACAUCGGACGGAGCCGCUCGGUUCGCCACCUCCCCCGGUCUCAAGUCUCACUGCCUCGUCUCACUCUCUCACUGAUGCCUAUAACUCCCCGCGCCACGCACCUCUCUCGCCCCCUCCCCGCGUUCCCACACCGCCACGCGCAUACGGACUCCUCGAGCUGGAGCGUGGGCUCGUGUAGCCUCGUUCGUUCAUGAGCGGCGGCGAGUCGGCGGCCUCGCGCGAGGAAAAGGACUCUGAGCAAUGAGGCUGUACAUCACGGCGGCGGCCGGCGACGACGACGUGACGAAGCCGAAGGCGCCGCAGCUGCAGGCGGCGCGGCGAGGCUACCGUUCCGUUGUGGUCACGGGGCUCCUGGCCGGCGUGCUCCUCUUCCGCGCCGCGCUCCUCGCCAUCGAGACCGGCGCCUCCCUCUGCCCUUCCGCCACCGGUUGCUCGGACUGGAGGGCGGGGCUCGGGCGCUGGCUCUACGGCGGCGGCGGCGACGCGACGGAGGAAUUUAUGAGAGAGUGGAAGAGAAGCCACAGGGUGGCUACCCUGCUGGACCCCGUGGUGGUGGAAGCGGCACCGGAUUCCUUGGACGGUCUCAUGGCGGAGAUGGACACCAUUCUGGCCUCCUAUGAUCGGCUUGACAUGGAAGACGUGGUCGUGAAGAUAAUGGCCAUGCUGCUAAAGAUGGACCGGAAGCUCAAGUCGUCAAGAAUCCAGACUCUGUUCAACCGGCACCUGGCCUCGCUCGGCAUCCCCAAGAGCAUGCACUGCCUGGCGCUGCGGCUGGCCGAGGAGUUCGCGGUGAACUCCGCGGCCCGCUCCCCAGUGCCGUUGCCGCAGUACGCCCCUCGCCUAACAGAUGCCUCUCGCGUCCACGUCUGCCUCGUCACCGACAACGUUCUUGCGGCCGCCGUGGCCGUGGCGUCCGCCGUCCGGAGCUCGGCCGGCCCGUCGAGGCUCGUGUUCCACGUCGUCACCGACAAGAAGAGCUACGUCCCGAUGCACUCGUGGUUCGCGCUGCACCCGGUUGCUCCGGCGGUCGUCGAGGUCAAGGGCCUCCACCAGUUCGACUGGCGCGACGGCGAUGCCAUCGCCUCUGUCAUGAGGACCAUCGACGAGGUCCAGAAGAGCUCGCUGGAUUAUCACCAGCUGUGCGAUGGAUCGGUGGAGAGGGAGUACAGGAGGCUUGAGGCCACCAAGCCGAGCACGUUUUCGAUCCUCAACUAUCUCAAAAUCCAUCUCCCAGAGUUCUUCCCGGAGCUCCCGAGGGUGAUACUGCUCGACGACGACGUCGUGGUGCGCAAGGAUCUGGCCGGGCUGUGGGAGCAGGACCUGGACGGGAACAUCAUGGGCGCGGUCGGCGCGCACCGGCCCGGCGCGGACGGUGGCAUCUGCAUCGAGAGGACUCUCAGCGAGCACCUCAACUUCACUGACCCUGCAGUGUCGUCGCUAGGCCUCGACGGUUCGCACUGCGCGUGGUCCUGGGGCGCCACCAUCGUCGACCUCGACGCUUGGCGAGGAGCGAACGUUACCGAGACGUAUCAGCUAUGGCUGCAAAAGAACCGCGAAUCAGGGUUCAGGCUGUGGAAGAUGGGGUCGCUGCCGCCGGCCCUGAUAGCGUUGGACGGUCGGGUGCAGGCGAUCGAGCCGCUGUGGCACCUGCCGGACCUCGGCCGGCGCAUGCCCGACGCCGAGCUGCUGCAGCUCUCCGCCGUCCUGCAUUUCAGCGGGCCGCGGAAGCCGUGGCUGGAGGUGGCGUUCCCGGAGCUGCGGGAGCUGUGGCUCGGGCACUUGAAUAACUCGGACAGCUUCCUACGAGGCUGUGGCGUAGUGGAAUGACGGUGACGGAACAGGAAGAAGAUUCAAGCUGGAAAAGGGGAUAAAAGUACAGUGAUCCGGUGCAAGAACCGGGUGCGGCGCUGGGUUUGUGAGGAGAGGGAAGUAGGUGCUGCCUUCAGCCUUUCCUCGACCUGGCUCUGCCAUAUUUGCUCGUUUAAUGCCACUGAGUAGAAACUACUCACGGCGUAUAUAUAUAACUGGGAUAUUUAUUUGUUAUUAGUUACAAAACGGAAGCUGGAAAUUGCAGAAGUUGUAGCCACGAGAUAAUUUUUCUUUGGCUCCAAUGAUGAA